CCCCCCGCCACCAUUUUUAUCCCGAACCCACCAGCACCCAGACGAGCUCUCGCUGAUAUUGCGAAGUUUCUCUCUGAUCUCUCUCUCUGUCUCGGUGACAACGAUGAUGAUGAUGAUGGAGAGCUACGGGGGAGAAGAGAGGAUGGUGUUGACGGCGGAGACGGAGGCGGGAAAGGCGGUGCCGGCGCCGUUCCUGACGAAGACGUAUCAGCUUGUGGACGAUCCGACAACGGAUCAGAUCGUGUCUUGGGGAGAUGACGACUCCACUUUCGUCGUUUGGCGUCCUCCUGAAUUCGCCAGAGAUCUCCUCCCUAAUUACUUCAAACACAACAACUUCUCCAGCUUCGUCCGACAACUCAACACCUACGGUUUCAGAAAAAUUGUUCCGGACAGAUGGGAAUUCGCAAACGAGUUCUUCAAGAGAGGAGAAAAGCAUCUACUCUGCGAAAUCCACCGGAGAAAAACGGCUCAGUCGCCGCCACCGUCGCAACCGCCGUUUCACCACCACCAAUCGGCGCCGAUCCCCUUCGCCGGAGGCCCCUCCUUCUUCCCCUUUCAGCCACGUGUCACCCUAUCUACAGCCGCAGAUGACGUGGAUCUCUCGGGAGCUUACUGGUGCGACCCUCCGCCACCGCGCCACCACCACCACCACAGCAUCACCAGAAGCGGAGACAAUUCCUCCGCCGCCGCCGCGUACGACCGGAAAGUCACGGCCUUGACGGAAGACAACGAGAGAUUGCGGCGGAGCAACAGGCUACUCAUGUCGGAGCUCGCUCACAUGAAGAAACUCUACAACGACAUAAUCUACUUCGUUCAAAACCACGUGAAACCAGCCACGCCGAGCAACCCGUGCCCUUCCUCUCUUCUUAUGAAACAUCAGAAGCCCUCCUCGAACGAAUCCAUCGACUAUUACAAGACAUCGACGUCGCGGAAGAACAACCUCAAUAUCCACGUCAUGAACUCUUCUUCCUCUCCAACGAGCAACACAUCUCAGAGCUCCAUUACAGCCAUCGAUGACAGCAACAACGGCAAUGAGAGUGACAAUGAUAAGAACAACGGGGAGAUCCGCCAUGAAAGUACUUGCAGAAGGACGAAGCUUUUCGGUGUCUCCAUACCCUUGAUGAAGAAGAGAUCGCAUCAGUCGGAUCAUUUAAGGGUUGACCAGACGAGAAAAUCUCGAUUGGUUUUGGAGAAAUCCGAUCUUGGAUUGAACCUCAUGACACGUUGAUGAUGAUGAGUUCAUUAUCAGUCAUGUCACUUAAUUACCCUUUUUCUGUGAACUUAUAAUCAUCAGUAUUAUCGAAGGUUAUGAUCAUAUGAUAUAUAAUAUGGAUCAUAAUAUUCACAAAAAUCUUAUGUUUAUUUUUUAUCCUAAGCUUUUUUUUUUCAAUGUUCGUGGAGAUGAGAAUGUCAGAGAGGCAGUGUCCAUGUACAUAGGCUUUUAGGUCACUUUCUGUAUUUCAAAAUUUUCAUGCGUAUCGGACCGAUCCAGUAAUGCAGUCAAUGUCUCUUUUGUUUUU